AUCCAGAAAGCGUCCGGGACGCUCACCACAUUGGUUGCAGAACAAAUGAGGUCUUGACAUCUCUCGCCAGAUGUAGCUGCUUUGGGAAGACCAGUUCCAUGUCUCAACCUCUGGCUCCACGACCAACUCAGAAUGCCGAUGGCACGAUUCCCGUGUCAGCUUCACAUAGACCGCGAAAGAUCUCGACGGCUUGCGGAGCAUGCAAGCAAAGAAAAACAAGAUGCACUGGCGGGCACCCUUGUGAAGCGUGCGCAACCAGGAGAAGUCCAUGUGUCUACGAUGCGACCUCAGACCAGCGUCGAAAAAUCGCGAAUCAGCGAAACGUCCAAGAACUUGCCGACACUCAGAUCCAACUCGAGCGACACAAGCAACUGCUCGGUGGUAUGAUCGCCAUUGUCAAAGCUGGUGACUACGACGCGAACAGCGAUCUGAAUCGCGUUAUACGCUCCGGUGUCGACCUUUCCCAGCUUGCCGCGCACGUGCGAAACGAGUGUCGUUCAAACCUUGCGAUUCAGCAAUCAUUCGACCAAAUCGAGUUCAUUAUUGAUGGGCCACUAGAACUACCUUCACCCACGCAGAUUCUGAGCGGCAUCAACACAGAUCCGCCACCUUCAACAUUGUCACGUGGAUCUGGGUCGAACAGCGACAGCAGCAUAGAAACGCAGUUGCUUUCAGGUAAUCCAACGCCUGAUGCACGCCGAUCAUGACGAGAAGAAUGACCUCGACGCAAGUUCGAUUGACGAGAUCUGGUGGGACAGAUCAUGGUAUCGAUCAAAAGAAAGAGGUGGAAGUGUCGAGUGUACUUCCGAGAGCAUUUUGGACCUGGACGGAUGCAACCGCCCGAACACGUGGCUGGCCCAAUGUCACUUUUCACGAUCUCCGUAUGCUCGUAUGACACCAUGCCUUUUCCGCUUACUUUCCUAUGGGAGAAUGCUUCCGGAA